UCCUUCCUUCACCCAAUCUUCACUUACUCAUUCUCUUCUUCUCCUCCUCCUCCUCCUCCUCCUCCUCCUCUCUGUUUCACUCAUUCAGUCUCUCACAUUGACAAUGGCUACAAUGAUGCACACUCUUGCUCUCUCUUCAUCCAUUGCCACCAUUCCCAAGCACCAUCACAAUUUGCCAGGUUUGGUUUCAAUGCCUGGAGUUCACUAUAAAAGCAUACAUUCAUCAUUCAAUGGCCUUUCUUUGAAGGUUGGACAUCUAAAUAAGGUGAAAAUUGGAGGAAGGUCUAAUGCAUCAAGCUCAAUAGUGAUGAUGGCCAAACCAGCAAUUCAAUUCAUUCUAGGAACUGAUGAGCAGACAAUACCUGACGUGAAGCUAACCAAGUCUCGUGACGGAACAAAUGGUGUCGCCACUUUUGUUUUCGAUGAACCUUCUGUGUUUGACUCAUCUAGUGAACUCGGUGAUAUCACUGGAUUUUAUAUGAUCGACGAGGAAGGCACAAUUCAAUCAACUGAUGUGAAUGCCAAAUUUGUUAAUGGGAAGCCGGCAACACUAGAAGCUAAGUACAUUAUGCGAACCCCAAAAGAAUGGGAUAGGUUUAUGAGAUUCAUGGAGAGAUACUCGAAUGCAAAUGGUUUGCAGUUUGUCAAGAACUGAGUGAAGAGAACAUCAAGUAAGCUUUUAUGCAACUGUGUAACAAUUACUUAUCAAACACUUGCGAGAUUUUGUUCUAUGCUUGUUAUGCUUGUCUCUGAUAGUAAAAAAAGUUAAAAAGAUCGUCUUCGCCUUUUUUUAGUCA